AUGGUCGUGACGAUUCCGACAGAAGAAGAGCUAAAAGAGCUGUCGAAUAUUCCCGUUCCAGAAAAGCCCUCUGCCCAGGAAGAGCGAGAUCUCGAGGCGGCAGAGCGGGAGGAAGAAGUAGCCGCGCAUCUGGAAACCCUUGAACCAGAGGAACGAGCAAAGCUAGAAGAACUGGCGGAGAAGAAGGGAAAGAAACUGACGCCCGCGCUGAUACGGAAGAGGAGAAAGAAGUUGGAGGACGCUGAAGAACGGAAAAAACGACGACUGGAGCGGCUUGAAAGAAAACAGAAACAUCUAGCGCAAGUUAAAGAGACGCUGGAAGCCGACCUGGACGAGGACACGGAAAAGACCAAGAUCAAAGAAUUAGAAAAGAAGCGCAAGAAAGAAAGAAAAACAAAAGGAGCAGAAGUUUCCGGACCAUCGAAUGAAGCAGCGGAAGAAGCUGAGGAAGAAGAAAAACCUGUUGGACGAGAUUGGACGCUGUCGAUCGCUUUACCGGGAUCGAUUCUUGAUAAUGCUCAAAGCUUCGAACUUAGGACAUAUCUAGCUGGUCAAAUAGCUCGUGCGUGUGUGGUCUUCAACGUCGACGAGAUUGUCAUUUUCGACGAAUCCGGCGAAGCAGCUGAAGAUACAACCGGCGAGUUCUCUGGGGUCAAAAAGAAAGGAAACCCGAAUCAAACACUUGGUCGAAUUUUACAAUACUUGGAAUGCCCUCAGUACCUGCGAAAAGACCUCUUCCCUGUUCACAAAGAUUUGAAGUACGCUGGUUUGUUGAAUCCCCUUGAUACGCCGCAUCAUCUUCGAGCGAGUGAAUUUUCCAAGUAUAGAGAAGGAAUUGUGCAGGACAGACCACCAGGAAAGAAGAAGGGCAAAGGAUCUUGGAUCAACUGCGGUAUCGAGCACGACGUGCGAGUUGAAAAAGAAGCUCCUGCGUUUUCAAGAGUGACUGUCAAGCUUGAUGAUGAGCAACGAGAAGACGGACGCUACUUGACGGGAAAACUUGUUACAGCCGCGCAAGUACGCGAAGAAUCGGGGACUUACUGGGGCUAUCAAGUUCGUCUUGCCAAUUCACUCGGACAGGUUUUUAUGCAUUCGCCCUGGGAAGGAAACUACGACUUGAUCCUUGGGACGUCGGAGCGAGGAACGCCAGUCAAGAAGAUGCAGCCUCAAAAAGCCAAGCACAUCAUGGUCGUCUUUGGCGGCGUGAAAGGACUUGAGUAUAGCUUUGACCAGGAUCCAGAAUUGAAGGAAAACGGAAUUGAAAGCGUGACAGAUUUGUUUGAUAUGUGGCUGAAUACGUGCCCUAAUCAAGGCUCGCGAACGAUACGAACGGAAGAAGCGAUUUUAGUGACUCUCUCUGCUUUAUCUCCAAAACUCGGAUGA